AUGUCCGAAUCUAUUAAGCUCACCUACAGGAACUUCCUCACACCCAUUCCCCCACCCACAAACCUUUCCAACAUCUCCACGACCCCACCAUCAACCCCCUGCUCCGCCUGCCAAUCCCUCGUCCCCGAUCGGUCUGCCGCCACUCACGACGUCAUACCAACGCCCUACGCCCGGACGGACACGUUUCCCGAUUUUCCGGCGCUCUUGGCCUCCGCAGAGACAGGGUGUGGGUUCUGCGAGCUUCUGAGGUCGACGCUAAGGUCGACGUGGGGGACGGGGACCUACCCUGCGCAGAACUACGGUGUUGAGGUGAGGGCAGAAAAUGAUUCCAUUGGAGAGUGUUUGGAGGAGGAGUGGGAUGGGAGUGUGAGGUUGGAGAAAGCGCGGUUUGGCUUUGUGCCGUUUUCUGGUGAAGGAGGGAAGAUGUUUUGGUACGAGGUGGAGGGGGAGGAGGUGCAGAAGGGUGGGAAUGUGGUUUCGUUGGAGGUGGAUGUUGUUCCGGUUUGGCCUGGAAAGGAGGAUGAGGGUGCUUUUCCUGUGCUCUGCCGGACGCUCAAAUUUGAUGUCUUUGACUCUGUGGAUGCCGGCCCUACCAUCCCCGCCGCCGCCCAAAGACGCCUCCCCUCCCCCGAAACCCUCAGCGAAAGAAACACCCACCUCAUGAAAGACUGGAUCGCCUACUGCCAAACCACCUGCUCAUCCCACUGCUCACCCCGCUCCAACUGGACGCCCAACCGCCUCCUCGAUCUCUCCGACCCAACGGGCAUCCGUCUCGUAGAGUCAGUAAGCCCGGAGACUGAGUACGCUGCUUUUUCGUACGCGUGGGUCGAUGAUAAGGAGGUCUAUUGUCUUAUACAGGCUGAUGGUUCUACUGUUGAUGAACUGAGGGAAGGGGUGGGGCUUGAGAGUCUUGAUCGCACGUUUGUUGACGCCGUCGCGGCGUGCCGCUCUCUUGGUAUUGAGCAUCUCUGGAUCGAUAGGCUUUGCAUCUUGCAGGAUAGCCCAGAGGACAUCUUCAAAGAGGAAUCUCUCAUCCACAAGAUAUUCCAACACGCCAAAGUCACCCUCGCCGCAACCGACGUCCCAUCCCCAGAAUCCGGCUUCCUCUACCGCACCACCUCCCAAACCCCCGCAACAAAACUCUCCUACUCCUCAUCAACCCUCAUCCUCUCCCCCUCCAAACCCCUCCCCUCCGAAUCUCAAACACCACGCACCCUCGCUACCGAAUCUUCUAAAUGGUCAACCAGCGCCCGCGCCCUCAUCCAACGCUCUCUCUCCACCCGCCUCAUCUACUUCCCCUCCUCCUCCUCCUCCUCCUCCUCACCUGACAUCUUCUUCGAGUGCCGCUGGGGUCUCCGUGGCGAAACGCUCGGGUCCGAGUCCGCCCUCGGGCGCAUCUCUCCUCUCUGUGCUCGUGCAGACGACCACGCCGCCCAGGAAUAUGCAGAGGUAAAAGGACGCAUGAGAAGCUACGCGUACCUCGCCUUCCGGAACCUCCUCGUCGAAUUCUCCACAAAACAAAUCUCCAAACCGAAACAUCGCCCGCUCCUCAUGGCGAACGUAGCAGCCGCCGUCGAAGGCACAAUACCAGACACGUACAUCCAGCGCGCAGGUCUCUUCCAACGUGAUAUCCCGCAAUCCCUCCUCUGGUUCCCCCUGCCGUCAGCUCCCCGCACGCGCAUCUCCUCCUCAUCCUGCCCAGCUCCAUCUUGGUCCUGGACUAGUUUAAACGCACCUAUAUCCUUCCAAGCCGGCACGACAGACUACGAACUCCCCAAAACCCUCCGCAAACAAAAACUGGCCUUCCAAAUUCUCUCACUGGCGGGAUCACCUACCUCCCUGCCUACUCCCAGCACCGGAGAAGAGGCCAAAGAAACGGUCACCCCCCUCCGCCUCUCUGUAAAAGGCUUCCUCAAAAAAUUAAAACACCUCACAGCAAUAGAAGACACAGACCCCUCCCAAGCCGAAUAUCGCGCCGAAUACCCCUACGACCUCGUCGUGGACUGCGGUACCUCUGCCGACGCGGGCGGCGACCGGGUCUUCGCACACGGGGACUUGGAUUUGGGGGAUGCCGAGGGGCUUGUGGGGUCGCCGUCCGGGAGGGAGUUUGCGUAUUUGCAUGUCGAGACGGAGACGUAUCCUACUGGGUUGAUACUUGUGCGCGUGCAGGAGGAGGGAGGAGAUGGUGGGGAGGGGGAGGAGGUGUAUAGGAGGGUCGGGGUUGCGAGUAUCGUGGGGAGUAUUGGGGGCAUCUUGGUCGACCCGCCAUUUGUCCUUUCGGAGCAUGGAGCUAUUUCUUUGGUAUAG